AGCUCAGUGUCAAAAUUUCGGCCCCGUUCAAACAAAUAGUUAACUUUUCGGGCUUAAGUCUUACAUUUAGCAAGGCAAUAUUCCCAUUUUUUUUACUCAAAGGUUUGGGGUACAAAAUUCUUAGCUGAUUGCAAUGUUCCGAGUUGGCAAACUUCGUCUUAGCCUGACUGAAGUGGCCAAAAAAGAACCGACAGCGCUGCAAUUCCAGCGUCGUUGCAUUCAGGCAAGGAGUUUCUUGCCGGGAUUGGCUACCCGGUCGGCAGGAACGCCCUCUGCAACGGCCCAGGUGACUGGUGGUGGCAAGCCGCAGGCUCAGCAGCAAUCUCAGUCAACUGACAGUGGCACAGAGUCGAACACCCGCUGGCCACGGAAGAUCUUCAGUGGUAUCCAGCCCACUGGAUCCCUGCACCUGGGAAACUAUCUGGGUGCCGUGCGAAAAUGGGUGCAGCUACAGAAUGCCCGCGACGACGUUACCGUCUGCAUCGUGGACCUGCACUCCAUCACCAUGCCUCAUAAUCCGCCACUGUUGCGCGAAAACAUCUUUACCAUGGCCGCCACUCUGCUUGCCUGCGGUAUCGAUCCCACCAAGAGCACGCUGUUUGUACAGUCCUCUGUUGCCGAGCACGCCGAGUUCAACUGGAUCCUUAGUUCGAUGACAACCAUGCCCCGCUUGGCUCAGCUGCCUCAGUUCCGGGAGAAGUCCCGCCUGUUGAAGGAUGUCCCUUUAGGGCUGUACGUCUACCCGGUUCUUCAAGCAGCCGAUAUUAUGCUUUACAAGGCCACCCAUGUUCCUGUGGGCGCUGACCAAGUACAACACAUUCAGCUGGCCCAGCACUUGGCCAGGACUUACAACGGUCGCUACGGCGAGACCUUCCCAGUGUGCCACGCCAUUAUCGAAGACGGUGACGCGUCCCGGAUACUGUCUUUACGGGAUCCCUCCAAAAAGAUGUCCAAGUCGGAGUCAAACCCCAAGGCCACCAUCAAUUUGAGCGACUCGCCCGACCUGAUCACGCAGAAGAUAAAGAAGGCGGUCACAGACUUCACCUCGGACAUAACAUACAAUCCCAUGAAGCGUGCCGGCGUCAGCAAUCUAGUAAACAUUCAUGCCCAGGUGACGGGAGAGUCCAUCAAGAAGGUGGUAGAUGAGGCCGCCACUCUGGACACGGCCAAGUAUAAAGACCGUGUGGCGGAGGCUGUGAUCGAGCACCUGCGUCCCAUCCGCGAGCAGAUACACCAUCACAUGACCAGGCGCAACGAAUUGGUCUACUUGUUGGAGGUGGGCGCUGAAAAGGCCCGUCAGCAGGCGCACCAGACGUUGACCGAUGUAAAGCAGCGCCUGGGACUGGGCACCAGUGUGAACGUUCCGGCUGCGGUGCAUGUGGCACCGCUUCUGCCCGCUCCCGAAGUUUCUAAAACUUCGGCCAGCAGGCGAAUGUCCAAGGACUUCGACGGCAAUGUACACGAGCGUCACGAACGCAUGUACGGUUUUGGGGAUCAGCCAAGCGGUGGAGCUGGUCAGUCGGCAACCGGGGAGCUGCCGGAAGUGAUUCAACCGACGACGCAGCGAGUGAUCCGCCGCCCGCCCGUCGUACCCACUCAGUCGCUGCGCGUGGAGAAGCAACUGGGCAGCACCCGGACCCGCCACGUGUUCCAGAUGGACACCUGCAACGCCCCGCACAUUGGGUUCAAGGCACCACCUGCAUUUUCCGCCAGCAUGGUCACCGGAGGACUUGCAAAGGGCAAGCGUCCGACUGUUAAGCCCGUUUCCGCCAGCCUGGGAUUCGGGCACUCGCAGCCGGGCUCGUCCAAGCACGUACAGAACGUUAAUCCCAGUGCGGUUUCCACAAUUGCACGCGAAGUUAACGCAGCCAAGAAGCAGGAGUUCACGUGUAUCAACUCAGCCUUCUACGCAGCCUCCCAAGAAUCGCGUGCGAAUUUAAAUCGCCCCAGCGAAAAGAGCAAUUCAAAGGCGAAAGACGGCGAGUUUGUUAUAGUCGCUGAAGACGAGGCGGAGCAGACCUCCUCCGAGGAACAACGUGAGGAGGCUGAAGAGGAGGAGGCGGUGGAACGGGAGCAUACAGACCACAAGGCCAGUGAAGCUACCAAAGUAGAGAUGUAGGCCUAGGAAACAUUGCAAUUGUUAUAAGUGUAGUACAAGUAUACCUAGAGAACAUUUAUGUUAAAUCUAUCGUUGUUACCAGAAAUAGUCAAGUUUCUACCCAAGAAUGUAUAUGUCAAGCACAUAACAUUAUUUUAAGCACAGCAAAUUGACGUAUCAAAAUUGAAUGGCAAACGUGAAUCAGAAAUACAAUUAAUUAUCACCUUUA